AUGGCGCUCGAAGCUGUGGUGUUCCCGAAGGAGCUCCUUGCGUGCACGGUCAAGGCGCGCCCGGCGUCACUGGGAUGCGGCUUCCAUACUGAGGAGCUCGAGGACAAGGGCGGCGUGGUUCUGCAAGGAGAGGCCGCCGAUGCGCUGCCGCCGCCCGGUUCCGGUUCCGGUUCCGGUGCGGCCACCACGUGGGAGUGGGACGCGGUGCUCUUCCCGUGCUCCACUGCACCUGGCGCAGUGGAGGAGUGCUGGGAUGUGCAGCACCAGCUCUCCGUGUCCCCGCCGCCGCCGGUGCCCUCCGCCAUCGCAGCGUCGUCGUCCUCGCGCGGCAAGGCUGCCGCGGCGUCGGCGGCGGCGCGGAGACGACGGCGACACCCGAAGGCGGUGAAGAACACGGAGGAGAUGGAGAGCCAGCGGCGCAACCACAUUGCCGUGGAGCGCAACCGGCGGCGGCAGAUGAACGAGUACCUCUCCGUGCUCCGCUCCGCCAUGCCGCCCUCCUACGCGCAGCGGGGUGACCAGGCGUCGAUCGUGGCUGGUGCCAUCAACUUCGUCAAGGAGCUGGAGCAGCUGCUGCAGUCGCUGGAGGCGCAGAAGCGGCGCCAGGGCGGGUGCACCGAGCCACCGCCACCUCCGGCGCCGUUCGCUGGCUUCUUCACGUUCCCUCAGUACUCCACCGCCGCGACGGGUGUGGUUGGCUCUAGUGACAGUGCUGGCUCCGGCGGUGAUCAGAGUGGCGGCGGCUGCGCGGGAACGGGAGCGCGGCGGGGCGUGGCCGACAUCGAGGUGGCCCUGGCAGAGAGCCACGCCAACGUGAAGGUGCUCGCGCCGCGGCGGCCGCGGCAGCUGCUGAGGAUGGUGGUGGCGCUGCAGUGCCUUGGCCUCACCGUGCUCCACCUCAACGUGACCACCACCGCCGAUCACCUGGCCUUCUACUCCCUCAGCCUCAAGAUGGAGGAUGAGUGCCGGCUGUCGUCGGUAGAUGACAUCGCCGCCGCGGUGAACGAGAUACUCGGCAAGAUCUCCGACGAGUGCGCCGCCAGUUACUUAUUAGCUGCUUAG